AUGCAAUAUAGAACCGCCACCCAAUGGGGUGUCUUUGAUGUCACCGUCUCUGAUGGUGUCAUUCAACGUGUAGACGGUAUUCAACAAGACCCUGAUCCCGCCGCCAUCGGGCAGACCCUGCUUGAUGGCGUCCAACACGCUUCCCGGAUUCAACGACCUGCUAUUCGUAAAGGCUGGCUCGCAGCUGCCCAUCGAAACCGCAAACUGCGCGGCAACGACAGCUUUGUUGAUGUCCCCUGGGACGAAGCGCUGGAUAUGGCUGCGCAGGAAAUCGCGCGGGUGAUUGCGGAAAAAGGCAACAAGUCGAUAUACGCUGGAUCUUAUGGUUGGGCAAGCGCAGGGCGCUUUCACCAUGCGCAAUCUCAAUUGCACAAGUUCAUUAAUCUGCUGGGUGGUUCAACCCGGGCGAUGAAUUCCUACAGCACCGCAGCGGCCCAGGUCAUUCUGCCUCACGUGGUUGCGCCCUGGUCUGAAAUUGAACUGCAGCAAACCAGUUGGGACGAGAUAGCUCAGGGCGCCGAACUGAUGGUCGCCUUUGGCGGCAUACCGUUGCGUAACACACAGGUGGCUUACGGUGGGAUCACAGAACAUCAGAGUCAGGGCGGCCUGCGCGGUGCGUUGGCGGCAGGCACCAAACUGGUGAACGUCUCUCCGGUAUCUCAUGACAUGCCCGCGUGGUCGCAAGCGCAGUGGGUGGCAGCCCGUCCAGGUACUGAUGUUGCGCUGAUGUUAGGUCUGGCUUACGUGCUGGAAGCGGAAAACCUGCUUGAUCGAACAUUUCUUGAGAGCCAUUGCCACGGCUAUGCAACAUUCUGUCGAUACCUUCUGGGCGAAGCAGAUGGCAUCGCAAAAUCCCCAGCAUGGGCGGCGCAGAUUUGUGGUGUGGACGCAGGGGUUAUUGAGCAGCUUGCGCGGGAAAUGGCGCAUAAAAAAACGUUUAUUACCGCGGCCUGGUCUCUGCAGCGGGCCCAUCAUGGCGAACAACCUUACUGGAUGCUGGUGGUGUUGGCUGCCAUGUUAGGUCAGAUUGGCCUGCCAGGCUGUGGGUUCGGAUUUGGUUAUGGCGCUGAAGGGUUUAUCGGAUCCAGCUGGCGACGAUUCAAUUGGGCAACGUUCAGUAAAGGCAUGAAUCCCACGCGUUUUGCGAUACCUGUUGCGCGCAUUACGGACAUGUUGCUGAAUCCGGGUGCUGAUGUGGAUUACGAUGGGCGCAAGAUCACCUACCCGGAGAUUGAUCUGAUCUACUGGGCAGGUGGUAAUCCAUUCCAUCAUCAUCAGGAUCUUAACCGUCUUGUUGAGGGCUGGCGCAAACCCAGUACGGUGAUUGUGAACGAGCCUUGGUGGACACCAACGGCGCAGUGGGCGGAUAUCGUAUUCCCGGCGACCACCGCACUUGAACGCGAGGACAUCUGUGCUUCAAGUCAUGACCCCUACGCGCAUGCCAUGCAGCAGGCAUUGCCUGUGCAGCAUGACGCCUGUUCGGACCACGAAAUAUUUGCAGGGCUUGCGGCUCGGCUCGACGUUGGGGAGGCGUUCGUGGAAGGGCGGAACGAGCAGGACUGGUUGCGCCAUAUGUGGGAAAAGUCUGCCGACAAGGCGCGCACGGAAGGGUUUGAACUACCUGAGUUCGAUGCGUUCUGGCGCAACAGGAUCUAUAAGAUUCCUGAGCAGUCCGCACGCAAAACCUGGCUCGCAGAUUUUCGAGCUGAUCCGCUUAACAAUCCGCUGAACACGCCCAGUGGCAAACUCGAAAUCUUUUCAGAUGCCAUUGCUGGGUUUGAUUAUGACGACUGUCCCGGCCACCCAACCUGGCUGGAACCCUUUGAGCGACUAGGUGGGCAUAACUCGGAAAAAUAUAAAUUGCACCUGCUGACGCCGCAGCCGGAAAAGAGAUUGCACAGUCAGAUGGAUCCCAGUGCACAUAGUCACAGCGGCAAGGUUGCUGGUAAAGAAGUGCUGCUCAUGCAUUCCACUACCGCUGCGGCUCGAAACAUUCGGCAAGGCGAUAUCGUGCGCAUUUAUAAUGACCGGGGUGCCUGUCUGGCGGCGGUUGGUUUCGAUGACAACCGACUGGCUGAUGUUGUUUCCCUGCCGACAGAACCAGAAUUUGAUCAAUUCCACGCCAUCUUCAUAGAGCAUAUGCUCAUAUUCAGGGACCUGUUGCAUGAAGCCGCGGUGCUGCUGCUCCGUGCAGAAAUUCAUGACGGGUUCGACAACCGCGCGGUUGUACCAGCUGCGGUCAAAGAAUGCGAUUUCACCCGGGUUAGGCAGCUGUUCGGUAUAACGCUGAAAAUACCAUUGCCCCUUUUCCACUUCGGUAGGUUUCGGCAACGCGACCACACGGGCGCUACGCGGAUUCAUGUGUUCAAUGAAGCGACGAAUCGUGCCACCUUUUCCAGCUGCGUCUCGACCUUCUACAAUGAUCGCAACCCGACGCCCCUCCAACUGCACCGAGCGUUGCAGUUUGACAAGUUCGAUCUGAAGCUUUUCCAGUUCGCGCUCAUAUUGAAGCGUUGCCAGGGCUUUGGAGACAUCGAUAUUUUUAGUGUUUUUUGUGGUGAUGAGCUUCGACGUGCGUUGAAAGAGGUUGUCCCCCUGCUUCUGCAUGGGUCAAGUUUCGCCACGGCAGAACCCUCACUGUCACCGCCGGAUGAGCCGCUCAUCGACCUAUCCACGGUUCAGUGGAUGCACGGGCAUCAGGACUGCGAUUCAACUCGAUUGGCGACAAACUAUGUGGAAUGGCAAGUCAUUCGGUAUCGAAAUGACACAUACAUAUUUCGACAGAAUAAAUGCUCAAAUUACGAGGCGCCGUUUGUAUAUUUGUUUGUGGGUGCACAACGGGCGCUUUUAAUCGAUAGCGGUGCAACGGCUGCUGGCGGAUCAAGUUUGGUUGAUGCAAUCCGCGCAAUUACAACUCUUCCUGUCGUUGUGGCUCAUUCCCACGGGCACGGAGAUCAUCAUGCCGGCGACGCUGCUAUGCAGGCUGCGGAAGGCUUUACUGUGGUCGGCACGGGGCCCACGGCAGUGCAGAGUUUUUUCAAAUUUGAGGGUUGGCCUCGAAACGCGGUCAAGCUGGAGCUGGGUGGUAGAAACAUCGAACUGCUGCCAAUUCCUGGCCAUCAUGAUGAUGACAUAGCCUUCUAUGACCCACGCUCCAGGUUUGUAGUGACAGGCGACACCCUAUAUCCAGGGCGUCUGUAUAUCGGCGACUGGGCAGCGUAUCGGGCGAGCAUCACGCGGUUGAUGCAAUGGGUUGCAAGCCACGAGGUCACGUAUGUGAUGGGCACCCAUAUUGAGAUGAGUAAUACACCCAAUGUUGACUAUCCAAUUGGUACAACGUUUCAGCCUGAUGAAAUCUCUCUGCCUCUGGGUGUAUCGGAUAUCGAGAAGCUCGAAGCAACGAUCGCUGACAUGGACAAACCCCGACGUACCUACUUGGAGCGCUUCAUUCUGUGGCCAAAGGACUGA